UCAACUAAACGUUAAAUUGAGAAUACAACACCGUAUCACUCUCGUGAUUAUUUCUCCCCUGUUUUCAGGGGCGUAACAGAUGCCUCUCGACAAACAUACCACACCUCUAAAUGAUAACAGAUAAAUGCUGUAACUUGGCACACACUAAAUAAUUUCACCUCCUUCAGCUCCAAGUCAAAAUGUACCUUAUUGUACCCAUCCUUGUGAGCUUGCUACUCCCCAAAGCAUAUUCACUCAAGUGCUUUGAGUGCACACCAGGAGAAUCGGGAGCAUGCACGGACAAGGAGACUGACUGUCCAACCCAAUGUGGAAACACGCGGAUUACAUCCUAUAUGGGUGGUACAACAUUAUCCGAUGUGAACCUGAAGUCUUGCUCGGUGCCUGCACAGUGUCUCACUGCAUCGGUGAAUUUUGGAAUGAUGCGCACUAUGAUCGCCAGCACAUGCUGCAAUACAGACCUCUGCAACUCCAAAAGCAUCCCUGAAUCUACUAAAACCACCCCUAAUGGCAAGAAGUGCUUCACCUGUACCGGAACGGACUGCACGAGCGCUCUGAGCUGUGAGGGAGACGAGGACCGCUGUAUCUCAACAAUAGUGAACAUGGGUGGCGAGAAGAUGACAAUGAAGGGAUGUGCCUCCAAGAGCAUCUGUGUGGGAGACAUGUCAGGAGCGCUGGGGCCCACCAUGGGCAUUGACAUGAAGUGCUGCGAGGGAAACCUGUGUAACAACGCCCAGAGCAUCGGACUGAGCCUCCUGCUCCUGGUGACAUCCAUGGUCUCUGUGGCCCUGUUCCACUGAGAGACACCGUCCCUUCACCUCCUUACCUCCCCUUCUCCCCCCCCCCCCCCCCCCCCCCCCCCCCCCCUUUCCUCUUCUGGGCAUUGCCUCAUUCUAUUUAUUAGUUCCAUCGUAACAGGAGCCUCCAUGUCAUUGUCCAUCUCCCCAGUCUCCACGAUCUACCUGUUGUGUGUAUUAAUAAUGGAUUUGAUUGAAUAGCCCCUUUCGUUAGACACUCCCUUGGGGCUUCACAUUGUGUAGGAUUAACCCAACCCCUCCACCCCCACUAGCGUAAUGCUGCAGCCACCUGUGGAAUGCACUAUAGCCAUUUUAUUUUAGGGACAGCUCUCAUUAAAAAAACACACCCACAACCAUCCCAUAAUCCCUACACAUACCCACCCUCUUCUCUCUUCAAGGCCCUGUGAGGCAUGGAUGUUUGGCGAGGCAUCUGCCAAUCUAAGCAAGUGUUGUACAUUGCUUCAAAUCAUUGGCAUUGUUAGCUUUCACAUUAUUUUAACAUUCUGUACAACAUAAAAAGGCUAUUGAAUCCCAUUUUUAACAUGGCAGAAAUAUACUUACAAUUAAAUAUGUCACUGGAUGUGUAAAGUGUUAAUGUAUUUCUAAUGCCUAAUUGAUGAACAAGAUGAAUUUUGUAAAUUAAAGUACAUGAAUUAUGUAUAGAUGAGCUGACUAUUCUCACAACCUCCUUCCCCCUCCAAUAAGGCAAUGAAUAAAUACAUUUUAAAAAAUC